CUAUUUGACUCAAAACUGUUUUCUGAUGUUUCAGCUUUUCAUUGAACCAACUCUGCGAACAAAUAGGCCAUGGAAGAAGAUGCUACAUCCAGAACCUCCUGAAGAACAGGUAUACGAACCCAAAGGCACUGGUGUUUUCCUGAAGAAAGGAGAUGAGCUAGCAGCCUUCAACAUGGGUUCAACAGUGGUUCUGGUCUUCCAAGCUCCGAUAUCAGAACCUUCUGCAGAUAAAAGCAUGUCAGCAGAAUUCAGGUUUUGUAUUAAAAAGGGAGACCGAGUUCGCAUGGGAGAGGCCCUGGGCAGGUGGCAUGAUCCCUAGUUACAAUGUCUCAAUUAUAAAAUUACGGGUGGUAAAUUUGUAUUAUAGAAAAGCCUUCUAGGGAAAUGCUUUCGCACACCCC